UCCAUCCUCAUCCGUUUCUUAAAAGACCUACAUACAAGAGCGCACGCAACAAGUAAAGCCAAAGCACAGAGAAAGGCAGAAAGACGAACAAAUGUCAGGAGUCGGACCGAUCUCGCAGGACUGGGAACCGGUGGUAAUCCGCAAGAAGGCCCCCAACGCCGCAGCCAAGAAGGAUGAGAAAGCCGUCAACGCCGCUCGCCGCUCCGGCGCCGAGAUCGAAACCAUCAAAAAAUCUACUGCUGGGACAAACAAAGCUGCCUCUAGCAGCACUUCGCUAAACACGAGGAAGCUGGAUGAGGAAACCGAGAACCUUGCUCAUGAGCGUGUACCAACUGAGCUAAAGAAAGCUAUUACACAAGCUCGAGCAGAAAAGAAGCUUACACAGGCUCAACUUGCUCAACUGAUUAAUGAGAAGCCUCAAGUCAUCCAGGAGUAUGAAUCUGGUAAAGCUAUUCCCAAUCAACAGAUCAUUACCAAGCUGGAGAGGGCUCUUGGAGCUAAACUGCGUGGAAAGAAAUAAAAAGGAGCCUUGGAAACAAAAGAAGGAAUCUUGUUGCUUUUAUGUUGAACUGAUGUUGCACAUUGAUCUGCAGUUAGGUAAAUUGUCUGUAAUCAAGCAGUGGCUACUUAUGGUCUUUCUGUAAGAUAACUCUUUGGUAUGAUGGCUCCUGUGACGGGUUCAGCUUACCUGGUCUGAAAUGAAUAAAGUUGUGUGUGUUCCUGUC